CAAGUCACUUCAUCCCAUCUUGACCUUCUCCAGAGCUUCUUCUCAUCUCAUUCAUUUUGUCUCAAUUGUGGCAGGCUAGUCCUACAUUCCUUUGUUGACCUUACUCUCUUUAUCCUGCCCGGCGCAGACCUUACGUUCCUUCAGACAACAGUUGACAAUCAAGUCAACGACCGUUCCUUUGUCAGUGACGAACAGUGCGAUCUGGCUAUUGCCCUGCCCAACACAUUCACUUCUGUCUCCAACUUCACCCAAACAACAACGCGAAAAUGUUGGUCUUUUCGAACUCUGCGGCUCUUGCUGCGCUCGCCUUCCUGGCUGUAGCAGGAGAUGCCCACAUGAUCAUGAAGACUCCUGUUCCAUACGGCAAAUCCACCCUCAACAACUCACCACUUCUCGCCGACGGUUCUGAUUUCCCUUGCAAGCAGCGUCCUGGCGUCUACGAUGCCGAGGGUGCCAGCAAUGUCGCCGCAAUCGGUGAUCCACAGACUCUGAGCUUCCUCGGCAGUGCCGUUCACGGUGGCGGAUCCUGUCAAGUCAGCCUCACUACCGAUCUCCAACCCACGAAGAGCUCCAAGUGGAUGGUCAUCAAGUCCAUUGAGGGCGGCUGUCCUGCCUCCGUUCCCGGCAACCUCCCUGCCGAUCCCGAAGGUACUGGCGCCUCGACCUUCCAGUUCACCAUUCCUGAAGGCAUCGCUCCUGGCGAUUACACGCUGAGUUGGAGCUGGGUCAACAAGAUUGGUAAUCGCGAGUACUAUGAAAAUUGCGCGCCGCUCACUGUCGUCGCCGCGACGAAGAAGAGAUACGCGCCCGCUCCGAAAUUGAAGAGACAGACGACAUUUCCCGAUAAGCUCGUGUGCAAUUUGGCCGGUAUCGGCGACUGUCAGACGGUGGAAGGGUUUGACUACGAAUUCCCAGAUCCCGGCGCGGAUGUUCAGAGAGCGGGAACGGGACCCUACAUGAUGCUCGGGGGUGGAGCGGGCAACGCAAGCUCUCCUCAACAACCGACCGGCUCCGCUCCUUCUGUGUCUGCGGCUUCUACUAGCUACGCUGGUCCUCAAUCUUCCGCACCGGCUUUUGCUAGUGGCAAUGCUGGGCAAUAUUCACAAGGCACCGGUCCAUCCACCGCUACUCCGUCGCCCAGCGUGUCUGCUGGAAACUUUGCAAGCGGGGCAUCUUCGGUACCUGCAUCUGCUGUUACCACGUCGUCCACUAGCACUAACCCUCUCCAGGUCGUUCCCGUCACAACUCCAGCCGGUGCUGCCGCAACUCCAACCGCCGAGUCUUCCCCCGCGUCGAAUGGCUCUACUGCUGGAGCGUUGACCGGCCCAUGUUCAAACGAAGGCGAUUGGAACUGCAUUGAUGGAAGCAGCUUCCAGCGAUGCGCCUCGGGGAGCUGGAGCGUGGUCAUCCCUUUGAGUGGCAUGCAAUGCACUCCCGGAGUCUCCUCUGAUUUCACCAUGACUGCAGCCAAUGUGAAGCGCUGGGACGCCUAAGUCCAUCACAUCUUGUUAAACAACAAUUGCUGGACCAUGUACAACAACACAACCGAACGACGAAGGUGAUUGACGGUAUGUCGAGGAGAUCGGCAUUUGUGGGGAGGCUUGUCGGAGCGAUGGCAUGAAGAGGAUACCCAACUUGUCCUGGCUACCACUCCAUUUGCAUGAUUUUAUGAGAUUUUGAGCAUCUAUUCACUUCUUUCUACGACACAAACGCCCGGCAACCACCAACGCAGAGGAAUGAACGGCAAAUUAUUGCAUCGGCGAAGGGCGUUUGAAUCAAUUGUCGCAUCUUCAACGGGUUAUCAAGCCUAAGAGAAAUACCUAGAGAACACCUGGGUUUUGGGUGGCUUGCUGCAACACAACAACGGAGGGGUGGAAAUGGAGAUCCGGAGAAGCCGGCGACAUGUACAGAAAGUUCACGUUCCAGAUAGACAUGAAAUACCAAAAAGUCCCAAAACCGGAUUCACGGUUCGAGAUUGUUCUUCCUUGA